CUGAGGUACGGGGAUGACAAGAAUACCAUGCUACCAUGUCCUGCGACUAAUUACAACCUGGAAAGCAUAGCGUUAUGUAGUAUCCUGUCUUCCGAGGACGCAACAUGGGUAACGAAACCGACACGCUGAAGGCUUGAGUUACCUAUUGUUAAUGCCAAUGAUCGACAAUGCGUACGAAGCGUUGUUGCCAGCCUUGCUGACAGCCGGUGUUGCUUUAGUCGCCUUGCUACACUUGACUGCAUUGCUGUUAGAGCGAGCUGCGCAUGUCGAGUUGGAAACACCUGAGCAUGAUCCGUUUGCGAGUAUUCCCAAAAGCGUUCAGAUGCAACCGCUAGCUCAAGCACGGGCGGAAACAUCCGAGACCAGUGCAGAUACGGCCGCUGACUCGGCGGCACAUAAAUUUCUCCUACGGGAAGCUAAUGCUGUUGUUUAUGAUGGAGGAGAGGAGGCGCCAGGAACACCAGGUCGGGACCCUUGCCAAGCAGCUCCCAACGCGAAGCACACGCCGAAGGACUCCCUCCACGACAAAGCACAGGGUCCAGGAGACGUGCUUGCGCCCCCACAGUUGUCCAUUUAUGACUACAGCACUUAUCGCGGCCGUGCACAGACAAAUUACCCUAACCUUGCAGCAUGGCAUCAGCCGGAGCAGCUGCUCCAACGACAUUACGCAGUGCAGCAGCAGCUGCAGCAAGUGCUUCCUCGCUUGCGGUUAGGCUCCUUACCGCACCGAAGACACAAAGCUACUUCGGGUAAUCUAAAGCAGCCACGCGGCUUGGCGAAUUGUGUCAUUUCCGAGGACAUGCCCUAUCCGCCAGCUAAUGCGGAGGUUACGCUGGAGGUCCGCUCCACCACAGUACGACACGGACGCAAGCUACUUCGCUACUGGGCUAGCUCUCCGCUAGAUACUAUCUACGUCAAGAUUCCGCACACGUCACCCUCCCUGCUGCACCGCCCGCUGCUCGACUCGCUGCGCCACACCAUUGAGCUGCCGGGCCAGCAGCAGCGGGUGGUGGUGGGGGCGGGGGUGCGACCCGGCUGCGUGGUGCUGUCGCUGGACGUGUUGAGUGUGCCGCCCGGGCUGCGGGGGGCCGCAGCAGCAGCAGCAGGAGGCAUGCGGGCGGCACGCAUGCGGCCAGCAGCAGGAUUGGCUGGGAGCUGCGGAGCGGAGGCGGAGCGCAGGACUGGCGCAGGAAGGGAAGGAGCAGCAACAGCGGCAGGGGAAGGAGAGGCGGGGAGGGUGACGGAGAUGGAGGAUGCGGAGGAGGAGGAGGACGGAAGGAGGUUCCUCGGAGGAGGACGAGGAGGAGGUGGACUGCAUGUGCUGGCGGAGCAGCAGCUGAGCAGAUGGCUGGAGGCGAUGGGGGUGGGCGUCAGCGAGGGCAUGCGGGUGAGUCUGCAGUACGGAGGCGAAGUCGUACAGGCGGUGUACGACGAACGGCGGGCGGCUUGGACGCUGUCUGCCGACGCCGAGGCCGGCCAUGCCGCUGCGGGUACGGUUGAGAGCAGGGGCGGUGGUAGCGGUGACAGUGACACGAUCGUGCCCCCGGCACCACCAUCUCCAUAUCAGCAGCAGCAGGAGGCUGCCGUACAGCUGACGUUGGCCAAGCAAGUGCUGGUGGCGCCGGCGGCAGCAGGCGAGCAGGUACGCAUUGCCGUACGGGCGCAUGGCCUGCCGUACGACGUCAGCGAUGACAUGGACGCUGGACGCUACACGUUUGUCGUACGGGGGCUUGGACGGCACUUUCCGGUGCUUGGCGUGGCGGCACCCACCACGCCCACGAACCUGCUGCUGUACGGCGACUGCAGCAGAUCGUCGUACGACGAUUCCGCUGCUGGCGGCCUCUCCAGCGUCGACGGCGGAGUUGCCGCCAAGUCCGCCGCUGCUGCGGCCGGGCUGGCUUAUGCCUAUGAGAAAUCGAUAGCGGCGGCCGCUGCUGAGUCGGCAGGCGAAGGCAGUGGCGGCGGCGAAAGCCGCAGUUGCCGAGACAUUUUGCCGAGGGCAACCCCGCCAGCACACUCGUUCGAGCUGACAGUGGGUGGUCUGGGCGGCGGCGGUGGCGGCCGCAGCUCCUCGCCCACAGGGCCCCUGCGUCUGCAAGUAGAGCUUUGGUACGACAACACCCGCAUGAUUGCUUCGAAAUCGGUGUUGCUACUGCCGUCGUACGACGCUGAGUUGGCGGAGCUGGUACAGGACUUGAUACGUCGGCAGGUUUGUGUGGAAGAAAGGGAGACAGCAGCAGCAGUGGAGGUGGCGGCGGCGGCAGUAGCUGCUACGGACGAUGCUGGUGCUGACGCCGGCACUGAUGCGUUAGUUUCAGACCUCGCCAUGUGGUUUGAGUUCAUGCACGACACACUCGAGGUCGCGGCGGCGGAAUCAGCAGCAGCCAACGCUGAAGCAGCGGCGGAAGCAGCAACAGCAGCGGCGGCAGCAGCCGAGCCAUGUUCACAUCCACAGCACCCCGCCAACGGCCACCCUGCACAGCAACCCACGGCUGCCUCCACUGCUGCUGCCCCCGCCGUCAUCCUGCCCGGCAGUAUCGACCUUCGUGAGGAGGUACUGGCGGCGCGGCGGCGGCACCCGGCCUUUGCAGGCUGCAUGCUCGACGUUGGGCUGGGGCUGCUGGAGAGUGCAGUGGGACUUGGGUGUAGCGGCAUGGCGGCGCGAUUCAUGGGGAACUUUGUCGUACUUGGGUACGGCGUGGCGGAGGUAUGGCACGCCGUCGCCGGCGGCGCUGCGACGUCGCUGCUGCACUCCGCUGCGGCGUCGGGCGACGCGGCGACGUUGCGGCUGGUGGCAGCAUGGGCGGCGGAAGUGGACGCAGGCGCAGGGGAAGGUGACCGGAGCGUUGAUGCUGCUAGUGGCGUCGGUGACGGCGGCAGCUGGUGGAGUCGUGAUAGCGAUGGUCUGACGCCUCUCCACUUGCUGACGACUGUCUGCUUUGACGAUAGAAACGGCGGCGAUGCCGAUAGCGCCGCCGCAGAGGCGGCGGAGGCUCUAGAAUGGGUAUUGUCGUUCAGCGACGCGGCUCAGCGGGCUUGGACGGCGGCGACGGCUGACGCGGACGGCGGCGGCGGCGGCAUGACGCCACGUCAGCUGCUGGCGGCGCUGCUGGCGGAGAAAGAGCAGCAGCAGCACCAAACCAGGCAGCAUGUUGACGAUGGAGGGGAGGUGCGGUACCGGUGGCGGCGGCGGCAGCUGGCAGAGUGGGCUGCUGGAGGGGCGCCGCUGGACCCGUGCGUGUCGAGCAGUCAUGGCGGCGAAGAAGCCGUUGUCGAGCUUCGGACUCUCAGCGACAUGCCAAACAGCGGGGGCGGCAGCAGCACUGGAGACAACAGCGGCAACUGCGACAUGGACAGGAGCAAUAACAGCGGCAAGGUCGACGGCGUUGACGGUGUGACACCCCCGGCUGCUUCCGACACAACUUCUGCUGCUCCUGCUGCUUCCGUGCAAGUAUCUGAGCCCAGUGGUUUCCAGGUUGGCGCCAGCGGCAGCAUAAGCAGUACCAGCAACGUGCCCUGGGGUCUCCGCGUGUGGUCCCCACGACUGCCGCUGCGCAGGUCGGCUCCUGCUGCUGCUGCUGCUGGCGGGCUGCUGCGGCUGCUGCAUGCCACCUUGUUUGGCUUCCAGGAGCCGUGGCUUCAACAAGCCAAAGAAGAGGAGCAGCGGCCUCGCGGGAAUCCAUCACACGCAGCAACUGCUGCCGCCGCCGCUGCUGCAAAGGGGAUGGAGGAGGGUGAGGGGAAGCAGCGGCAGUGCGGCAGCGAGACCGCCUGGGAGGGCCUCCCACCGGGGACAGCAAGCGGCUGUGAGGCCUCUCCCUUCACCACCGCAGGUAACAGUAGCAGCAACUGCACCCUAGCUUCUAGCAGCGGCGCCUUCUCCGCUUCCAUUCCCUCCUUGUCCUGCGGUUCUUCUUCUGCUCGCUGUGGCCUCCUGCAACCCUCAGCGGCAGCGGCGGCAGCAGCAGCGGCUGCGACUCUCACUCCACCUGCACACCAGCAGCAGCAGCAGCCGCAGCAGCAGCAGCUGCGGUGGCGGGGUCCUUGGCUUCGGUCCAAGCCAUCAACCGCCAGCCUGCAUGCAGAUCAGGAGCCCCUGCGACGGCCGCCGCCGCCGCCGCAGCAGCAGCAGCAGCAGCAGCAACCUGCUGGAGGAGAGAGCCCCGCCCAACACAAUCACCACCACCACCGCCGGCACCAGCAAUGCACUCCUGUAACCUCCUCGCCGUUUCGCCAGCGGCGUCAACAACAGCAGCCGCCCCAGCCGCAGCAGCGGGUCCGCCCGUGCCGCCGGCUGGAGUCAUCCUACCAGUCCUACCUCACCACCCGCUCGCUGGGCGUGUGCCGCUGCUGGUGCGGCCUGCACCUGCUGCUGCUGGCGGCGGCGCUGCGGCGGCUGCGGAGCGAGGGCGCGGCGCUGGCGGAGUUCUGCACGCCGGUCGCCUACAGCGCGGCGUAUGCGGGGAUGCUGGUGGUGAUGCAUGCACGGCCGGGUGCCGGCCUCUACCUGCCCCGCCGCGGCCCGCUGUGGGCGCUGGUGGGUCUGCUGCGCACCAGCACCAAGACCGCGCAGCUGGCGGGCUGGCUGCACGUGCCGGCCGCCACUCUGGUGUUCGUGCGGAGGGGCAUCACGCUGCUGCCGGAUGCCAUCCUGCCGGCGCUGUGCGAACCGUGUCCCCUGCCGUACGCGCUGCUCGUCACGUCGUACGACCUGGUCAUCACCGCCGCCUUCUACCUGCACAUCGGCUACACGGGCAGCCUGCCACGUGCGGUGGUGCUGGCCGGUCUGAAGGCGGUGCUGGCGCUGGGGGUGCGGCUGGCGGUGGAUGCCGUGCACCGGGCUGCGUUCCUGAGGGAGAG